CUUCUGCCUCUGUUUCCCACAUCAGGUGGGGGAGGUGUGUCACAUUCCGCAGGAGAGAGGCAUCGUGCAGCAGGAGAUGGGGAGAAAGACUGAGCCCUUAGAUGGCCAUGUGGCCUUGGGGAGUCCCGAGGCUCUCGAGACCCUCACAAGCAGAGUGGGAACGGUAGUGCUGCCUCUCGAGGUGCUGGUGGCCAAGAGCACCGACGCGGGCCACUCCCUCCAACCCGGCAGCAUAGGAAGAGGUUACUCCUGGAAGGAAUGGGGGUGACAAAGGGGACAGAGCCUGGGCAAACUCCAGGCUCUGGUCAUGCACGGGGCCUGCCCUUAGACCUUCUCCCAUUAUCUCUACCUCCCCAGCCUGUACACGUGUACAGGUACAGAUAUUGUACAGGUACAGAUAUUGCUGUGCUGGAGCUGAGCCAAUCAGUUUUAAAGUCGUUUCCUUAUCGAUUCCCGGGUCAGUAGUUGUGUGCCGGUGCAGACAGACAGCGGCAGGCGGACACGGGCUGUCUUCACCAUGGCCUACGGCUGGCCCCUGGCCCAAGUCAAAGGCCGGCUCCGGCUCCGCAGCCAGCUGGGCCGACAGUGCCUGGCGGAGUUUCUCGGCGUGUUCGUGCUCCUGCUCCUCACCCAGGGGUCUGUGGCGCAGGCCGUCACCAGCGGAGAAAGCAAAGGCAACUUCUUCACCAUGUGUCUGGCCAGCUCCCUGGCCGUGACGGUGGCCACCUACGUGAGCGGUAACGUUUCAGGGGCCCACCUGAAUCCGGCCUUCUCCCUGGUCAUGUGCCUCCUGGGACGUCUGCCCUGGGCCAAACUGCCCAUUUACGGCCUGGUGCAGCUUCUGUCGGCCUUCUGUGCCUCCGGAGCCACCUAUGCCGUCUACUACGACGCCCUCCAGAAUUAUACAGGUGGGAACCUGACAGUGACUGGGCCCAGGGAGACAGCCUCCAUCUUUGCCACCUACCCUGCCCCUUAUCUGUCCCUGAACAAUGGCUUCCUGGAUCAGGUUCUGGGCACAGGAAUCCUUAUUGUGGGGAUCUUGGCCAUCACGGACACACGGAACAAGGGAGUGCCUGCGGGUCUGGAGCCUGUGGCUGUGGGGCUGCUGAUCCUAGCCAUCGGGCUAUCCCUGGGUGUCAACUGUGGGUUCCCACUCAACCCUGCCCGCGACCUGGGCCCACGGCUUUUCACCUAUGUGGCUGGCUGGGGCCCUGAAGUCUUCAGUGCCGGGAAUGGCUGGUGGUGGGUGCCUGUGGUGGCCCCUCUGGUGGGGGCUACGCUUGGCACAGCCACGUACCAGCUGCUGGUGGCCCUCCACCACCCCGAGGAGUCAGAGCCAGCUCAGGAUCUAGAGCUCGCGCGACGGAAAGCCUCAGGCUGGGAAACGUCUGCCCCAGCUCGGCGGCCGCAGCUGUGA